CGCUCUCUCGCCCCCUGAUCCCUUUCUCAGGCUCACCCGUCUUCUCACUUGGCUGACCACUCUGCUGCUCCUAGUACCUCUGCUUACUCCCCAACUCCCACCUCGUUGCUGGUCGUCCAGCCAACUUCUUCAGCCCGCCUCUUCUGCUGUUGCUCCUUGAGCCCGCCUUCUACACUCUAUCGAGGAAGAAGCCAUGCCCAUUGACGACAGGUCCCCGUACUCUUCCGACGACGAGGUCCUCAUCGGCCUCUCGGGCUCGGAUUCGUCAUCCGAGUAUGAAGUUAGCAUCUUCGCCAGCGAUGUUUCCGACGACUCUGACCUCGUCCUCCUCCACCACGACACCGAUGUCAACGUCUCGGCCCUGCGCACGGUUAACUCGGCCAUAGUGGGCCUGCACAGUAACCUCACGUCCGCACUCAGCAACUUGUCUCUUGCUUCGAAUGCUCCUGGUAAUAGGAGUGAAUCAGAGUCAUCAAAGCAAGCACCGAAGGACGCUGCUGCAGAGAAACGCAAGAAAAAGAAAGCGAAGCAGCGAGCUCGUAGGCAGCGCAAGGCCGCACGAGCGCACAAGGAACAGGCAAAGGCCUCCAAGUCACCCGCCCCAGCCUCAGGGGCUUCUCCUUCCUUGAACAUAACAUACGACGAGGCAUCUGAGUUUGUAACCAGCUCCCUGCAUGAUCCGAAGAGUGUCGACAAGCUUGCAUUCCUCCAAGCUCUCAUCGUCGAACUCGACGUCAAGGAAUCCGACUCCCCUGAGUUCCCCAAGUCACUGACGCAGGCCAAGAAACUCCUAAAAGAAGAUGCUCAUAUCAACAUUCGCGAGUACUACGCAGCCAGAGGCAAAACGCAGGCUGAGAUUGUCAAGCUCAAGCACCCGUCUCACUCGUCGUUGAGAAAGAGCAUCAGGAAGAAGAAGAAUCCCGCCCCCCGGGGCUGGGUCAAGGAGAAGGGGUUGCAGUCCUUACUUGUUGUCUGCUUCUAACGCGAACAGUUAUCAGGACCACAUACAAGUAUCUUGGUUUCAUCUCAGGAUAUUUACAUCACCAUUUUGCACAUGUAACAUCUAACGCGCGCACAGUAUCUUCCAUGGCCUGGCUUCUAAUUGGGACUCUCAUCUACUUGCAAUUGCUCUCUUGUUAUUGAAACUUCACAUACUUGUACAUAUGUACACUCUUCACCAAUGAUAUUGUUGUUC